AUGAGAGAUCAAAGAGCUAAAUCUUACAAAAUGUUUAUGGAAGCAUUAAUUGAACUCAAGGGUAAAUCAUUCCCUUCUGUGGUUACCUCUGAUAGCAAUGGAAAGACCUAUAGGUUGAGGAUAUCUAAUGUUGGGACAAAAUUUAGUUUCAACUUUAGAAUUCAAAGUCAUCAAAUGACAUUGGUUGAAACAGAAGGCUCUUAUACCAAACAGAUGGGACUUGAUUCGCUAGAUGUUCAUGUUGGCCAAUCGUACUCUAUACUUCUUACUGCGAACCAAGCAGUGUCCGAUUACUUCAUUGUUGCCGCUCCCACACAAACUAGCAUAGAUACUAGUGAACUCACUGGAGUUGCCAUAGUUCGAUAUAAGGGCUCAACAACACAACCGAGAGGUCCAUUGCCCGUUGGUCCACUUCCCACAGAUCAAGAUUUCUCUGUCAAUCAAGCAAAAUCCAUCAGAUGGAACAUGACAGCAGGAGCGGCCAGACCAAACCCACAAGGCACCUUCACCGUAUCGAACGUGCCUCUCUCCCAAACAUUCAUUCUCCAUAGCUCUUUCGCAAUGUUCGGCAUACACAGCCAUUUUACCGUAAACAAUGUGGCCUACCUGACCCCAUCGACGCCGCUGAAGCUUGCCGAUUACCUCGCAAACGGCGCCGGAGUAUAUCAGCUGGACGCAUUUCCGGCGAACUCUACAAAUGACAGAGUGGUUCAGGGCACGUUUGUGGCAACAGGGAUUCACAAGGGUUGGGCCGAGAUUGUGUUUGUGAAUGAGCUUGGUGAGAUGAACUCCUGGCAUUUGGAUGGGUUUGGCUUCUAUGUUGUGGGGUUUGGCAAUGGAAAGUGGAGCCCUACUUCGAGAGAAACUUAUAACUUAUUCGAUCCAGUGGUUCGGUCGACUGUUCAGGUCUAUCCUCAGGGAUGGAGUGCAGUUUACGUUUAUCUGGACAACCCCGGUAUGUGGAACCUGCGAUCGCAGAUCCUGAGGAAUUGGUACUUAGGCCAAGAACUCUACGUUAGAGUAUUUGAUUCCGAUCCCAAUCCUGCCAAAGAACGGCCUCCACCUGCAAAUCUUCUUCAAUGUGGUUAG